CCCUCCAGAAUGUCCAGCCAGGAUCUGAGUAUCACCGCCAAACUCAUCAAUGGAGGUGUAGCAGGGCUCGUGGGAGUGACCUGCGUGUUCCCCAUUGACUUGGCCAAGACCCGACUACAGAACCAGCACGGCAAGGAUGUGUACAGAGGAAUGGUAGACUGCCUGGUGAAGACGGCCCGCAUGGAGGGUUUCCUGGGCAUGUACCGAGGUGCUGCAGUGAACCUUACCUUGGUCACUCCAGAGAAGGCCAUCAAGCUAGCAGCUAAUGACUUCUUCCGGCAGCUGCUCAUGGAAGACAGGACACAGCGGAACCUGAAGAUGGAGAUGCUGGCCGGCUGUGGGGCUGGAAUGUGCCAGGUGGUGGUUACCUGCCCCAUGGAAAUGCUGAAGAUCCAGCUGCAGGAUGCUGGGCGCCUGGCUCCUGUCCAAGCCAACGGAAGCCUUUAUCCAACAGCUCAUCCCUUCCACGCCGGCAUGCCGUCCACCUCCAGACGCCCGUCCGCCAGGCUCAUUGCCCAGGAGCUGCUUCGCACAGAGGGCCUGUCUGGUCUCUACAAGGGCCUGGGUGCCACUCUCCUCAGGGACAUCCCCUUUUCCAUCCUGUACUUCCCCCUGUUCGCCAACCUCAACCACCUCGGGGUCCAUGAGCACACAGGAAAGGCGUCGUUCGCUCACUCCUUCCUGUCGGGCUGUGUGGCAGGGUCCGUGGCGGCUGCCGCGGUCACCCCCCUGGACGUUCUGAAAACUCGAAUCCAGACCCUCAAGAAAGGGGUGGGUGAGGAGACCUACAACGGGGUCAUGGACUGUGCCAGGAAACUCUGGACUCAGGAGGGACCCUGGGCCUUCAUGAAGGGAGCGGGCUGCAGGGCCCUGGUCAUAGCGCCUCUCUUCGGCAUCGCCCAGGGGGUCUACUUUGUCGGGAUUGGAGAGCAUGUCUUAAAGUACCUUGAGUAGACCUAGUGCCGGUCCUGCCCUGUAGUACUACCUCAGUUACAGACGCAGCAGCGGAGCCUACAGCCCCUUCUUCAUGAAAUCUGAAUUUCCUUUAGCGGGAGGCUGCUAGAGAUGCCCAGAAUCCCCUAACCACUUGUUUCUAACAAGAAUAAUCCUUGUUUUUGGCUGUAAAGACAGAAGGGCUAUUUUUUUUUUUUUUUCAGUUAACAUUCCCAAUUCACACCCAG